AUGUUUCAAUCACGACUACUCACACCCCUCCGGGCGAUGGAGAGGACAUUCGUGCCCUCCAUCCGAUCCGCCCCAGCCGGUCACCGUCUCCCAUCAACAUCCCUCCUCCCACGACCCGUCUCCGGGCCCACAUUAUCAUCCCCGACGCUCUCGAAACUCCUCCCCAUCUCUCAAGCCCGCCACGCCUCGCACGCCGCCCAGGGUGCUGCAAACAGACACUCGCGUGAUCCUGCAGGAAAGCGUCUCGGAGCAAAGCGCACAGGCGGCGAAUACGUUGUCCCGGGGUGCAUUAUCUACAAACAGCGCGGGACGAAAUGGUUCCCUGGCGAGAACUGCGCACUCGGCAGAGACCACACCAUCUACGCCACCGAGGCUGGGUAUGUCCGGUACUAUCUUGACCCCGAGCGGCAUCCGGACCGCAAGUACAUUGGUGUUUGCUUUGAGAAGGAGGGGAAGCUCCCGACGCCCUCGAAUGCUCCUAGCCGGCGCAAGUUGAACAGAGUUGCUGUUGCGCGUGUUCCUGAGACCCCAGAGCAGCAUCAGUCGGAUCUGAUGGUUGCUACCGGUCCUGAGGGUACGAUGGUUGCUGGUGUUGAGGCUGUGAAUGCCGAGUCGGGCCCGCAGCUGCGUCCUGGUUACAUGUACCGUGAGGCGAACUGGCAGAUUGGUCGUGCUGCUGAGAAGGCUGGUAUCACGGCGAAGCCAUACGACCGCAGGAACCGGUGGAUGGCAUGGAGGAAGAGGCAGGCUAAGGCCGAGCGGGCUGCCCAAAUGAAGAGUUUGAAGGGCAAGAAGGGCUCGAAGAAGGGCAAGGGUGGUCGCUGA